AUGGGCCUGACAUACUCUUUAUUUAACCAGGGUUUCCCUCCGAAGACGAAGUUCAACGUGGAUGAUAUUCCGGACUUGUCAGGAAAGGUCGUUAUCGUCACGGGUUCCAAUACAGGCAUUGGAAAGGAGACAGCAAAGGUCGAUCAUCUAUUUUCUCCUCAGGCGCACCGCCAACUUGCUUACCUACAUGUCGCGCUUUUGAUCCAUAACGCGAAAGUCUACCUCGCGGGGCGGAGCAGGGACAAAACUAUAGCCGCCAUCGACGAUCUGAAGGCCCAGACGGGGAAGGAAGGCAUCUACUUGGAGCUCGACCUGGAGGAUGUAACGUCAGUCAAGGCGAGUGCUGAAGACUUUUUGAGCAAAGAGAAGGAGCUCCACAUCCUCUUUAACAAUGCCCUUUCCCUGCCUUCCAAUGGUGUCAUGCGGUGCCCUGUCGACAUGAUUACGACACAAGGCUACGACCUACAGUUUGGGACAAACGUUCUGGGCCACUUCUACUUCACCAAACUUCUACCUGCUCUCCUCGCUGCCGCCAAAUCGAGUCCGGACGGGCAUGUGCAUGUGGUCUCGACGUCCUCUUACGCGGCAUACAUAGCGAAGAAAGUGGACUUCAAUACCCUGAAGGAUUCCGCGGCACGGAGGAAGACAUCUAGUUUGGAUCUGUAUGCCCAGAGCAAGCUUCGUCACCUCGCCGCUUUCGAGAAAAGGCUCAUGAAUUUGGUGUUGUAUCUCGUCCACCUCGGUGCUUUAACACAAUUGUACGCUGGAACAUCGCCGGAGGCAUCGCAACUGAAUGGAAAGUUCCUGAUCCCUUGGGCACGCGUCGGAAAUUUGCCUGCUUUAGCAGCAGAUACUAAGUUGGCUGAAGAACUCUGGAAGUGGCUGGAGGAACAGGUAGCAGACGUCUGA